AUGGGGAAUGGCAGCGUUAUUAAUUGGAGUCUUUAUGCUGGCCUUCCUAUCCCUCUGUACGGCCCCAACCCUACCAGGCUGGCAACAUCUACUGACAGCCCGUGCAAUGCGGAAUCCAAGUCUGGGGCGUCCUUAGUAGACUUCGACUCCCCAACCCACGAAACCGCACUCAUCGGUCCAGCAGUUCUCCGCGCCGCCGAAAGCCAGAAUGCUCUCCGGCAGCCACAUUUAGGGUACAUCGUCAAAUCCCCGGACGAAUACCCCGGUGGGGAAACGCAAGUUCGCAAAGUUGUGUACGAGCAAAAGCACUGGGCUGCCAUAUCCAUAACUAGCAAUGCAACAGCGAGGUUGGAAAAUGCGCUGAGGAGCGGGGAUGAAGGCUUUGAUCCGGACUCCCUUGCCGAGAUUGUCUUUGUAGAGGCAAGGGAGGAGAGCGUCACCAGAAAUUAUUUGGUCCCCCGUUUGGACGACCUCAAGGGUGAAGUCGUGCGUGGGUUUUCGGAAGUCUGGAUACCGAGGGUUGUGCGCGAGGAAGGAUUGAGGAGGAAUAUGGCCAGGGUGCCUUUGGCAGUGAAUCCUGGGUUUGGAUUCCGUAUGACAAAUUUGAGGCCAUUUGAUGUGCCAGCUGCUAUCCCGGCGGUUAGUGUUGGGUUGUUAUGUAUUCCUCCCCUCGCCCUCACCCUCCCUCUCGGCAUGUUGAAGCGGAGGAAUAAUGUUGACGGCGCGGACAGACUUGCUUUCAUAAUCCCCAGAGACGGUAAUUCUCACGCCCACAUCUUCACGAACGAUCACUCACCACAUAAUAAGACAUCCCCCCCCUGUCCCUCCCCCAAUGGCUCGUCUGGCGCCUUACGGCAACCAAGCAACUAUAACUUCCCAAUCUAUUGGAUGCUAAACUGGGUCGGGAUGUCGGCGCUCGGCCUCGCUUCCGAGAACAUGUCCAUGGUCCUGGGCCCGCCGUGGUUUGCCCUGUGGCUGAUAUUCUGGGCCAUCACGAACGUCGCGACGUCCUUCUACCCGCUCGUCCUCGCACCCGGGAUUUACAGAUUCGGGUAUGCGUGGCCGUUGCAUAACAUUGUGGCGGCCAGUCGGAGUAUUGUAUUUGAUGUUAGGAAUGAGAUUGGAAGGAACUUUGGAGUGCUGUUCGCUUGGGUUUGUGUUAGUGUCUUGCUGUUCCCGGUUUGUACGCUGAUCGCUAGGAGGAGGGCUGAGCGGGGGAGGAUGGACGAGGUGGGGGUUAGGAAGGAAGGGAAUGAGGUGCCUAGGUAGGUUGGGGGCUUCACGGGGACGGGCGAUGGAAGGUAAAUUUGGUACGUUACACUUUGGUAGACUUUUGGUUGUGUCAUAUAACUUGGAGGACCACUGGUCCAAAGACGAAUGUGGGAUAAAUACAGCAGGUGAGGGAAGGGACGCUACUAUA